GAAAACAUUAAUUGAUAGUUAAGUGCCUAUAUAUACAUUGGUAACUAAUCCGAUUAAUAAUUUAAAAUUUUAUAAAUCAACAUGCAUUCCCUCUUAGCAACCUUGUGUCUUUGUAUUUGUCUUACAAUAACUGUAGCUUUUGAGGAAAAUGACACUCAACUUAGGCCAUUUAAAGUAGGCAAGAAAUUAUAUUUUGUAAAUCCUCAAAAACUGGAUGCCAAUACUGCAAAAAAAGCCUGUGAGGCUCGUCCUGGUCUACAAUUGGUAGCUAUAGAAAAUGAUGACGACAAUUUGGCAAUACAAACUGAGUUAAUAAGAGCAUUUGGUAAUACAGCUGGUCAAUUCUUUUGGACAUCAGGAAAACAAAUCCCAUCAGGUUCCGACAAUUGGGUUUGGUUAUCCACAGGUAAAACGAUGGAUGAUUUCUUUUGGGAUGAUGGAGAACCAUUUAAUACGAAAGGGGAUUGUCUAAAAGCACUUGGUAUGAUAGAAGGAAAAGAAUUAACAUGGUAUGUCGAAAAUUGUAAUAAAGCACUCAUGUCUAUUUGUGAAGCUGUAUCAAAAUAAUAACCCAAACAAGUUUUUGGCGUACCUUCUAGAAUAAAAAUAAAUACUUAAACCAAACAUAGUUUUUUAUUUCCAUCUUCAAAAUUGUAUUUACUUUACUUACAUGAACAUAUGGAUACGUCUUCUUGUGAUGUAGCGGGCACAAGACGCCCAGAUCUCCACCUCAGCAGGGUAUUUAACCUUUCUAUCUAUGAACCGCAUUCUAAUAAUAACAACAACAACAACAACAACAAAAUAAUAAUAAUAAUAAUAUAAAG